GUGUGUGUGAUGUAUGCCUCAGGUAUUGAGAAGCCAACACGAUGGAGCAGGCUACCGACGAAGAGCUGCGGAAGAAGCCGCCGAAGAACAGAGUAAGAAUACUGAAGUUCAACGCAACGUUCGUCAUUGCUAAUCUUGUCUAUAGGAGAGCGCAGCAUCCUCUCGCAAUCACCUUCGCCGACACAUGUUGCUCAGGCCAACCCCGCCCCUAUGGUCAUCAACGCAAGGACUCCGACACCCUCCGUUCCGUCGCUGCCGCACCCUCCCCAUCCUCACCCACAGCCGUCGAGCUCCCAGGGCGGAACUCUCCGCCAAAACAGUACUACAUACCCUCGUCGACACCCGGGCUUGCUGCCGCAGCGCAAAACUACCGCAUCGACGUAGUCCGACAGCCCCAGAGGCCCCGACAACCAGCGGUGAUAUCGUGCCCUCGACAAAUCCUGCGCCAUCUGGGCGGACGUGGGCGCUGGUGACGGGCGUGAACGUGAAGAGGCCCGGAGGUCGGCGCGCAGUCGCGAAGUGCGCCAUCGCUGCCCACACCCCAGCCUCCUGCUCCGCACAUCCACGGCAAAACGCAGCGCCCGCUGCUCAGCCCCAGCCACCGCCAGCGGCGCUACUGCCCGAAGCACGGUCGAAUGCUAAGAACCUCAGUGUGAACCGUAAGGCGUACGCGCGGCUAGACCUGAUUGGCAAGGGCGGUUCGUCGCGCGUGUACCGCGUCAUGAACAACUCAAACGAGAUAUAUGCCCUCAAGCGCGUCUCGAUCAACGACAAGGAGGAGGAGACCAUGGACGGGUACAUCAACGAGAUCCAGUUGUUGAAGCGACUCGAUGGCAACCACGCAUCAUUCGUCUGAUUGACAGCGAGGUCAAGACCCCCGUCAACGGCAAGGGGUCAUGACUCUCGUAUUGGAGUUUGGAGAGAUCGGUU